CCUUUGGAUUGUCUUAAUGGGCCUGUCCUUGAACUUCAAUUGGGCUCUCACGUAUCUGACAAAAGCCCAAAUACAGGCCCAAUGGGCCAGAGGUUUAACUCAGCCAGAACUAGAACUACGUAGUAGGUUUCCAAUGAACCAGCAGCGAGCCUUCUCCCUCUACCACACCCACAUCAAGCUCCUGGGUUUCGACCUUAAUUCACUCACCCAAAGCGCUUCUUCCUCCUCCUCCGAUGCAGUUUCCUUCUCUCGCAGAGGCUAUGCCGUUUCUUGUGUUGAGAUCGUCGGCGUUGUGGUCUUCCGUGACCUGAAACCCAACAGGUUUCUUAGAUUUUCUGUCGACGAUGGUACAGGUUGUGUUAGCUGCAUCCUGUGGCUAAACCAUCUCACGUCGCCUUAUUUUGCCUCACGCCACCAGCCAGAUGUUCGUAUAAUUGGAAAUAUGGCGACCCAUUUCGCAGCCCAAAUUAGGGUUGGGAUUGUUGCUAGGGUUCGAGGGAGGGUUAGCAGCUAUAGGGGAGUGGUGCAGAUGACGGUGUCAGAUGUUGUGGUUGAGAACGACCCAAAUGCUGAAAUUCUGCAUUGGUUGGAUUGUAUGAGGUUGGCUCUUAAGUGUUAUGACCUCUCCCCUGCACCUAAGUAGCUGUAGAUUCCAAUGGUUUUAAAAUGCUAUCUCUUCUAGUCUUGUGCUUUUCUUUUUUCUGAAUGCAGUGAAGAUUCCGCUCUUUGUUGCUUUUGUUUUCUCUUAAAGUUGAGUUUACUGUAGAAGAGAUUGGUCUUUGGAAUGAUUAUAUAAUAAAAUAUGAAAACUAGUAGCUACUGCCUGUGUUUACUGUUUAGUUUGAUGAAAGCUGCUGAAGUUCAACGAGGAACUUAAUGAGAAAUAACCAAUUGGCAAUUCUUUUCUGCUUUGGAUAUGAUCAAGUGGAUGGUGUGAGUAUUAAUAAACAGCAUAAACAUAUCAGCCCAUACCACAGCUGCGACAAAUUUGACCCAUUCGCUACAUCAAGUAGCAAUGAAGAUGUUAGUUUAGAUAGCAUGAUUUCUAGAUGUAUGGGCCUCCAACUUUUAGGCUUGCUUUUUUUUAGCUUUUUUCUUUGGGAGUUGAUUCUUUUUCAGUGAAGGAUCCUUUUGAAAGAAAGAUAUGGGUAGUGGGGAUUUUCUUGUUUCAAGCAGGGUGUGUGCAGGAUGAACAAUAAAAAGUCAGAAACAAACGAGUCAAUGUUUGUGGGGGAAAGAAUGGCUUAUGAACACAGAUGAAAGGUAGCUCAGGUGGCUAUAAAACACCUCGGUCGAGCUGUGUCAGACCUUCUUGGUGGCUACGAUCAAAAACAAAGAAGACGGUGGACAAAUACCGAAUGAUUUGAUGGGCUACAAUGGAGAAAAACAAAAUAUAGGCCUCCUGAUACAACAGUCGGAAGAAAUAAUAUUUAUCGAUUCGAAUAUAGUUCAGUUUUUCUUAUUAGAUCUUAUCUGAUUACCGUAAGAUUAGAACUUUUUGGAUAUUAAAUGAGAUGGGUCGGGUCGGGUCGCUUUCAAGUUGUACAUCAACCCAAAUGAUUGAUUGAAUAAUUAAAGGAGGCGAAUUAAAAUAUUUUACUUGCACAA